AUGGCGGGCGGGGAGGCAGUCCUUGAAAGGCUGACACAUCCCGAGGUCGCAGAUUUUUUAAUUCGAGGAGCCAGAUUCAUAAAAUGGGACGAUGUAGGUCGAACCGCCUUUCACUCGUUUUGGUUUUAUGCUCAAGUCACGCUAUAAAGCUAAACCUCCGUGUCGUUUCGCUUCGAUCUCCAUUUUUUAUUAAGCUUACUAGCAGUGAGGUUCUUUAACUUGGUAACCUAACGUAAAGUCAUCUUCUGUACAAAUCUCUACCGGCCCUUUUUCCGCAAGUCGAGUUCGCCGCUCAGAAUAUUCCCGUAUUUGUCUACAGGAAGUAUUUCUGUGUUAUUAAUUGUGAAGCCCAUUGCGAGUUCCCGGCCUUGUGUACAUGACAGGGCUUCACUUCCUUUCGCGAAGGUAUUAAAAUAUAUUUUAAAUUUUUGCUCUUUCUUUGCAGGAUUCCCAGUUAGGCCAGCCAUGUACUGUAAAAGUAGAUUCGGCUGGUCAUUUAAUUUAUUGGCGAGCUGAAGAUAAGGUAAGAUUUAAAUAAACCAUGUGUAAUGGUAUCCGAAGGUUGACAGUGCAGGUUUCUUUUUGUUUUUGUCACUCAUGCAGUCAGUGCAAGUUUUUUGCACUUUCCAGGUUUCUUCACGAUCAUCCAAAGUCGCCGUUUUCUAGACUGUUAGGCUCCUUACAAGUGUAAAUUUCUAUCAUCGUAACCAUAUCUUUUAUUUUUCAGUUUAGAGAGAGUGUCAGUUUACAUAGCCCUUUAUUUUUAAAUUAAAACUUUUAUUCACACACAGGAAACGGACUUACUGGAGUUGACGUUUGUUCGAGACGUGAGGACGGGAAAAUCGGCCAGAAUUCCGAAGGUUUGUGAUCUGAACUGUAAAAUUUAAGCUUAGUUAAAGUAUCAAAAAAUAAUCCAACAUGUCCGAAAAUCAUUUGCUUUUCGCUGAUAAGUGUUCUCGAUGAUAUCAGUCAGCUAGGGACCAUGUGCACGAUUUUCGAUACAAAACACCGAAAAAAUCGCGAGUCUUUUUGUUAAUAUUUGGUACUUUGCUUCGAGCUCUUUUGUAAAUAAACAAUAAUUUACCUUUUCCGCCUAUAUGCUUAUAAGUGCCACUCAAAAAAAUAUUUCUGUAAAUGCUAAUAUAUUUCAACUUCUUUGAAGAUUUAUUAGACUUUCAAAUUUAGCCCUUGCAGCUAGUACAUAAAUUUGUUCUCUGUGAAAGGUUUCUGUUAUUAUAAUUCUUGUUUUAUACCUUUUUGUGGCAUUAACAAUGCCUUUAAUCCUGUGAUAGAAUGCCUUAUUGCGCCCGGGUAGAAUAUUUAAGGCAUUUUCCAGCUGAAAGUGUGUUGUUCCACUUGUUGUUAUGGCAAGAAAUAGUUUUUGUUUUGACAUGAAAGUGGUUCGUUUUUGGAAUGAAGUUUUGGCUUAAACAAAAUGCAUGUAGGCUUUUCUUUUAAUUAUUUAUUGUUCUCUUUUGUGAAUAAUAUCACCUAGCAAUUUUGUGUCACCCUAGUUUGGCAAAAUUAAAUAUUGCAAUUUUUCAUAAGACAAAUUCCCAAAAGCACCAAACGGAAUGUUUUUUGCCCUCACCUUAGCUAAUAAAAUUGCAGUUUAGGCUUAUUUUCCCAUCACAUCAUUUCAAUUAAUUUUUCAAAAAAUUUAUGCAUAUGGAACCAUAUUUAAGAACUUUGAUUGAUUAAAAAUACUCACUGCUUUGUUAAUUGGAAAAAUAAGUUUUGAUGGUGGAUGAAGGAAGGUUUUAUAAUUUUUCUUGAGCUUUCCCUUUGACGUUUUUUUCUAACAGUUUAACUUUGAUCUCUCAUUGCUGGGUUCUUUAUGAUACAUGGCUGUUGUUCUGUGUCUGACAUUUGUUGUUUUAGAAAAGAAUUAAAAUAAUAAAUUUAAAUCAUGUUUGUUCAAUAAAUAUGCAAAUUUAGCUCCUUUCUACAAAGAAACGAAUAUAAAUAACAACAUAUUCAUCAUGAUUUCCAGACAUUAAAAAAAUGUUACUGGCUCUUAGAAUCAUAUUGUUUAUGUGAGUCCCAAACUAUACCCCAAAUGAUUUUUUGCUUUGAAAUAAAAGGUAUCUCAGGAUAUUAGAUUGUAAUAUACAAAGCCAAACAUUCAUCGUUGAAAAAGACUGGCGCAUCUCCCAUUUACUCUUGAUAAGUUUGAGCUUCGAUUUGUGUAAUUAUUGUAAGUUGUAGUGGAACAUUUAGUUGUUAAUGACCUCAGGUAAUUACUGAUCAUUUUUUUCAUGCUGUUGGACAACCUGGUGGUAGAUAAAAGUAGUUGUUUAACUUUUCCCCAAGAAAGUAGUUUUUUUUCUUUAUCAAGUUUUAUUUUUUAACGUACAAAAUGGGUGCAAAAUUUCAGUUUCGCAUGCAUCAAGAUGUGAAAAAUAAAUUAUUCCUGUAAUGAACACUUCACCCGUCAGUUACCGACACUGCAGCUUAAAUUGAAAUUCUUAGCGUGAGUAUAUUUUUGUAUUUGUGGACAGUUCUUAUCAGAAGCAGAUGUUUAAUAUUAUUUUUUUCCAAAUCUCUACAUGUGGCAUAAAACUCCUGUUUACAAACUGGUUGAAAAUAGGAUUUUUUUUUUUUAAGUGUCUUGGUAGCAGCCAGCUGACUUUGUUUCUCUUUUAUGGUUUCUAAAAACAAUUAGCACUAGGGAUUUCAUUUUUCCAUGGUCAUUUUUGAGGGGAAUUUAUGUGCAUCAUUUUACAACAUGCAAAUGAGUACUUUGGGCAUUGACCAGAAAUUUUUGUGCCAACAACAUCCCUCUGAUCAUUCCAAACACAAAAGCAGUAAGGGUUAUGAAAAAAAGGAAUUCUGUAUAAAGUUAAUGUUGUUUCUAGUUUGGAGUUCCUAAUGUCAGUAGAUCCAAAUUUGUUAAAGUCUAGCACAUCCAAGCUCUGAUAUGCUGCUUUGUGCCCAGAGUUUACCUUUUAAUGACUUCCUGUUUAUUUGAAUAGGAACAAAGACUGCGGGAUUCACUGAAAUUUGGAGUAUCAGAGGAAGAGUUGUUGCAAGACAAAACAAUAACAAUUGUUCAUGGACCGAACAUGGUGGACCUUGUUUAUGUUAACUUUGUUUCUGGUUCAGUUAAUGUCACACGUGAUUGGACAGAUGCUCUUAUGAAGUUAACAAACAAUCUCUUGGCUGUGAAUGCAUCUCCUAUGAGCUUCCUUGAAAAACAGUAAGUAGAAAUUGAUUAAAAUUUCACCAGUUAACUUCUAGAGCAGUUUGUGGUGGGAAUACUUGUCACUCUUUUUUGAGUGUACAAAAUCCUUUAUCAUUACCAUCCAAAUGAAAUGUCUUCAAAAUAAUUUUUUCAUAUUCAGUGUGCAAAGAAAGUAGUGUCUAAUAGCCCAUGGUAAGUGGAUAUUGCUGUCGGGCUAGUAAAUUCUGUUCUUAACUUGCUCAUGGGUAAGUGAAGUGUUUCAGGGAAUUCAAAUAACAGUAGAACCUUAAUCAAUCCUGCUCAUCAAAUUUGUUUAACAAACGCAUUCAAAAUUUCCUCAUUCUGUUAUAUAAGAGUUUGUUUUUCACUCAUUUUCCUACUUAUAUGAAGAAUAUGUUUUCACUCCGGUCCUCUUCCUAUGAUCUUCGUGGCAACUACAUUCUUUCACUAAGUAAACCUAAAACAACUACCUAUGGUCUUAACUCCUUUUCUUACUUUUCAUCAAAUCCUGCUCAUCAAAUUUUUUUUGCAGACUUUUUGGGACUAGUUGUAAAUUGUAAAUGAUAUUUUCUUUCUUUUAGGUAAUGACUAUAUAUUUUUCUAUAUAGUUUUUAUGUAGUGUCAGCUUGAUCCUAAUGGCUAAAAAUUGUAAAAUAAAGUUUUAUGUUAUGUUAUUUAUGUUAUUUUCCUGAAAUGAUUUUAGGUAGUUUAAUUUAUUUCCCUAAUGGCAAGCUGUAAAAAGUUUUAUUACUAGUUUAAUUUAUUUCUUACGAUUUUCUUAUAAGAAAUAUGAUUCUCUUUGGCUGGUAUCAGGUUCAAAAAGUUUAACUGUUCCUGACACCAAAAGUGAUGGAAGAUGAUGCCAGUAAUCUGUGUGAAUAAAUGUAGUAUCCUUAUUAAUGUUUGUUUGUUGUUUAGUUUUACAAAGUUGUGUGUGCAAACAAAUGCAGAAGGAAAAAUUCCUGUGAAGAGGUAAGUGACUUUUAUCACAAAAAUUAAUACAGGCUUUGUCGUCAUGUCUGCGGAAGAUCAGUCUGACCACACAUAGAUUGUAACCUCCACUAACCACCUGGAGGCACCAACACUUCACAGUUUUCAAAAUUGAAUCAAACUGUUCAUUUUCACAUCUUCAUUCAGGAAAAUUUAACAGCCAGAUUUAAAAUGUCUUAAAUUUUUAAGACCACAUUUCAGUGAUCCUUGAAAGAUGGUUAACCCUAACCCAGGAUUUAGGCAGAUUUUAAGCAAAAUAUAUUGUUGUGUCUUAUUAUGUAAAUUGUAAUUAUUGUACCGGUGCGACCCUGCACAGAGCAUUUACAGUUAGGAGUUCUUAAGAGCUUGUUGAAACUUGCUUGUGCAUGCCAGAUCAAAUUAGAAUUUGGAAGUGAUGGCUUUUAAGGAGAUGGGGAAACUGUAGUAGCAAGAAAAAUACCUCCCAUACCAAGGGAGAGAACCCUUAACCAACAUGGCAUUGACACUGGAAUUCAAACCUGGGCCACAUUAGUGGGAGGGAAUUGCUCUCACCACUGUGCCACAGUUGCUCCCUUAAAGCUGAGAACUAGUUGUGUUAAUCCAAAAUGAUGGUGUUAAACCGUCUAUUGGAAAGUCAAGCCCAGGCCACCAAAAUGUUUGCAUGUAUUUCUCUCUUGUCGUGUGUAUGUGUACUGAGUAAGUCCCUAGCUCUCUUUCUAAACUGUCAGCAUUCUGAAGUAUGUAAGUUCAAGUAGAGAAGACAAGAAGAGAGUGCUAGAUGUUCUGCAAUCUGUUGGUCUUCCACAUGAAAAAGUAAGUUCUUGCAAUCACAAAGUAGUAUUAUUUUGUUCAGUUAAUUAACAGUCUACUGUACCUCAGGAAUUGUUACUCUCUUUAUGUUCUUUCUUUAAGGCUUUGUAGAUUUUCUGAAUUGAUACUUGUACGUGAGCUUUGAGACUACUUGGAAGUUUGCUAAAACUUUGAAAGAAAUAAUGCAGAUACUUAGCUGAAUUCUCCUGAGAAGUGCAUUUACUUAAUGCUGCAUUAUUUGUCUUCAAAUAAAAUUUUAUGUGACAAUUUAGCCUUCACGGUAUUUUAUGAGUACAGUAAUGUGGAAAGAGGCUAGGAACAUGGAAUCGAGGGUACUGAUUUGAAUUUUAAAUUCAAGAUGGCGUCUGUAGGUAAUGUUGUAUUUAUUGAUUGUCAUAUAAUGGAUGUCACAUUCUUGAUCUCUUUGACACUAAAAAAUUUUUCCUCAGCCCUCCUCCUUCCCAUUCCUGCCUCUUCCUUGCUCUAUAGUUUGUAUAUUUCAGGCGGUUGAUUGCCCUCACCUUCACUGGCAAUACAUGUUUAAUGAAAGUUCGAGUUUGUAUUUGUACAGGAUUUUCAGAGUUUAAUAAACCGGCUAUGUGCAAUAUUUCACUUAGCCAUUUUUCUCCAUCAUGUAUUUUGUAUUGCCUUUUCAAACAGAGCACAGCACAUAUUUUAUUCUGAUUAAGGUUUGCCAUUUUGUGGGUAGAUUGAAGCAUAAAUGUCUUUUUUAUUUUUUCCACUUCAGUAAAUUUCUGAGGCUGGAAUUUUAAAAGAUAUUGUUUUCGUAUAAAUUUCUAUAACAACAGUACUUAUCGUCAAAUAUUUCACUUUAUACUUUCAGAAUGACAGUAUUAGCCCUGAUAAAUUUAGUUUUGAAGAAUUUUGGGCUUUUUACAACAGGCUAUGUGACAGAAAGGAUAUAGACACAAUAUUUGCUGAAAUGUAAGUUCAAAUAGGCCAGUUUCAAAUUAUUAAAAUUCAUACUUGGCUCCAAGGGUGAAGGGUAUAAAACAAAAUUUGCAUUGAGAUUCAGGAAUGAAUAAUUAAUUUCUUUUGUUUUAUUCCCCAUAGCCUUGGAGUCAAGUACAACUUUUAAUUAUUCAAAACUACCAGCCUAUUCUUGUUGUAUUUAGUGUCAUCAGUGGGAAAAGGGUUUACUGUUUGCAACUUUCUGAGCAUUAAUUUUUAGCCCUCUAAAACAUAGCGCACUUCGGAAAAGAAUGAUAGCCUGAAGCCCACACUAAGCACAUGCUCAUUUAUGGGGUUGUUUUAGGGUACAAAGUGAGCAGCCAUCUUGUAUUAUGACGAGGCAUGCAAGUUGUUGUCUGCCUUUGUGCACAAAUAACUUCAGGAACUCCCCUGGUCGGGCAUUUUAUAGAAUACCAGAGACAGGACAUAUCCAGCGAGGAUAUAUGUAUGUUUGUUUUGUUGAACUCCGAUAGCACACAGAUUUGCAUUCUUCUAGUUUUUCUCAAAGUAAAAUCUCCCAAGCACACCUUCCUUCAGCUUCACAUCAUCAUGUUUUUUUUCCUGUCAAUUUACCUUCCUUUUUGCUUUUUUGAGCUGUUUUAACUCUGUUUAAACAUUCCACUCCACUUUCUGCCAUGUUUGUUUACAUUUAUGUCCCCCCAAAUAAUCCCAUUUAUUAUAUAAACUGCAGUGUUUUACAAGGAUUUCUACCACCGAGAAAUGUGUUAUCUGGACACACGUAAAAAUAUGAUAUUUUUACAUGUGAAGAUAUCGAUAAUUUCACUGACAUCAGGUUUGUCUCCUUAAAAUCAUCCCUUCCUCGAAAGUGCUCGGCAAUCUUCGGAAAUACAUCUUGGAAAUUUUCGUUCUAGUUUCAGGUCCCAAGGUGGUCGGCUGUUUAUAUAAAAAAGAAUAUUACUUAGCUUUUUUAUGUUCUCGUGGCAAGAGCAAUAUCUCACGCUAAGCUCACUGUGAGAUAUUGUUCUUGAAGUGAUCUAGUUCUCCCAGGCUAUCACUCUUUUCUGAAGUGAGCUAUUGCAGGUGACACUGACUGAUGUACAUGAGUGGUGAAGACAUCUCUGGCAACAGUUAUGUUGUUGGUGAAAUCUUAAGCAGAAAAUCAAUGUAUUUGGGGCUUAUGCAAGGGUUCCCCCCAACCUACAAUCAGCAAUGAAAUUGUUGAGACACUAUGGGGCAACCUCAAUCCACAAUCCUUCCCUGUCCCCUCCUUUUUUGGGGUGUUUGUUGUUUACUACGGGUAGCUUGAACAGCGGCACAACAUUGCAUGGAGGGGGUGGGGAGUGAAAGCUUCAUUUUCCCUUUUUGAUGUUGGCAAACAUCUGAAGCCCUCUAGGGCAAGGUGUCUCAGGUACAUGAAAUUUUGUUGCUGAUUUUUGGUUGAGCACUGUUUUAAUGUGAUGAUAGAGUUUUCUCACAGCAGCUGUGCCCUCUUGGUUUGUUGAAUUGCAAUGUCAGCUGGAAUCUAAAUUUGGGAUUGUGGAGUACUGCUACUUUUGAAUGAGCUGAAAAAUAAUUAUUAACCUGCAGAAAUGAACUAGCUGUACAAUGUAUGAGGAACAUGAUAUGUAUUGGUACUAAUUUUGUACUGACUGUUUUCUCAGUGGUGCAAAGAAAAAACCGUACUUGACAGUGGAUCAACUUGUGGAGUUUCUAAACAAUGAACAACGAGAUCCACGCCUCAAUGAAAUCCUCUUUCCAUACUGCACUAGUGAAAAAGCUCAAGCCAUCAUUGAGAAAUAUGAGCCAAACAAAGACUUUGCAAAGAAAGGUAAUAACCAUUGUCAGCUCCAUAAAAUGAAUUACAUGUCACCAGCAGGUUUACUAUGAUUGUCCUGGUGAGUGUAGAAUUCUGAAUAAGACUAUUGUUGACAGUGAUCUACAAUCGGCGACUGUCGACAAAAGUCUUAUUCAGGACUACACUCACUUAACCUCACCUUGACCAUGUUUUAACAGAAUCAGGGCUCAAAGAAAGUCCUGUUUCUUAGUCUAUACUAGUAGAUUUUCUUGCUGGGCGAGGGUACAAGCAAAUCGUUCACUAGCAAAAUCAUUAACUAAGGUAGGCAAGAACAAUAAGUGGCCCAGGGCCAGCAAAAUAUAAGAGCUGCUUGCCUAAGGGAUAAGCUGGAAUUUAGUUUUUUCAAGCCCUGAUGGUUCUAUAAAAGUGUCCUGUUAUAAUGUACAUGUUAGCUGGACAUUGAUCAUCCACUAGUAGAAAGAGUAAAAUGGUGUUUCAUUUUCAGGUCACUUUUCAGUGCAAGGACUUACAAGAUAUCUUAUGAGUGAUGAAAACUUUAUAAUCAACCACGAUCGCCUCUCUCUCCAUCAAGAUAUGAUGCGUCCUUUGUCACAUUAUUUUAUCAAUUCAUCACACAACACAUAUCUAACAGGUAAUGUGUACACAUUCUUGCUUUAACGUCCCUGUUUAUUGUUCAGAGAAGUAGAACACCAACUUAUACACUCACAAAAAAAGAUAUCUUUUCUGGAGUAACACAGUACUAUUUUUUCUGACGGCUGUAUUUUAAUUUUUGUUAGGUCAUCAGCUAACGGGAAAAUCAUCAGUAGAAAUGUACAGGCAGGCAUUAUUGGCUGGUUGCCGCUGUUUGGAAUUAGAUUGUUGGGAUGGAAGAACAGAAGAACAAGAACCAAUUAUUACACAUGGAAAGACACUUUGCACCGAAAUUUCAUUCAAGGUAAGAAUUGGGUUCAAAAGGCUGAACAGUACAGCAACAGACUUGAUUCUCAGGGGGUGGUACCUCGGGCAAUCAAUAUUGUGGGUGGGUGGGUAGGUGGGUGGCUGCAACUGCCAAUCACAAACACUCAGCCCAUACAAGACCCUGUUCAGUUGCAAUUUGAAGCACAAUACCAGCAACGUAUAAAAUAUCCCUACCCUGUCCCUUACUUUCUUACAAAGUAGAAUCUCUACAUAUCAUGGUGUCAUUAAUGUACAUAAAUCUGUAUCCAGCAUGCAAAGAAAGUCAUGGCCGGUAGCCUGGGGCUAGUAGAUUUUGCUAUUGGGGUAGUGAUUUUUGUUUUAAUAACUUGCCCAAUGGGCAAGUGCUGUUUUUUGGGGAAAUUCAAAUUACAGAAAGAUUGUAGUCAAUCCUGCUAAUCAAAAAGGGUUUUGGGGCUAGUUGAAAUGACUUGUGGGCUAGUACAUGCUAGCUACAGCUUGCCUGAAUGGCAGGCUGUAAAACUGACUUUCUUUGCACCCUGACAGGGACACACAACAAUGUACUUUAUUCCUCCUCUCACUUUCUGCCAGGACUUACAGCUCUUGAUUUUAGAAUCUAGUUUUUAGAUUGGAAAAAGCCAGAACCAAUAUCACUUAGUUAGCUUCCACUACUACCUUGUAAAUCUCUGAGGAUUCUUUUUUGAUUGUUAAUAAGUGAUAAUUUGCUGUGUUUUGUUGUAGGAUGUUAUUGAAGCUAUUGCAGAGUAUGCAUUCAAGACAUCUGAUUAUCCAGUUGUUCUUUCUUUUGAAAAUCACUGCAGGUAAAGUAACAAGGUGUCUGUUUGUCAAGAGUUGAGUAUAACAGUCAAAGCUGUUACUGUUGUCGUCGUUUCCCUGUUCUUGAAGAUUCAUUUGACACUCAGUGUCUCAGUAGUUUCUAACAAUUCAAGUUUAUUCACCAUUCACGCGUCGAAAUCGGGCUCACCUCUUUUCACUCCAUUAACAGAAUGAUUCGCUGAAAAAGGAGAAAAAGGCCAAAUAUCCUGACGAGAAAUUCGCUAAAGGAUGAAAAAACUCCUAGAAAAAACUACUUGCGCUAACGUGAAUUGUCUCUGGGUCUUCGGUUUCUAUAUCUCAGUUCUUCUCUUCAUGUCAACUGCUAGCUCAAAACUGAAUUUUAAACAUCGCGCUCAAAAUGCAAAAGUACCCUUCAGGGAAUUUAGGGGAUGCGUUGCUAUCGGCAACGUAUUUAAUUUAUAACAGUUGCAAAAACCUCCCAAAGUACUAAAAUUUGUUGAUCUCUUGCUAAAAUUUUCCACAGAGAUAACCUUAAAAGUUUCAGCUGUGUUUUCCAUAAACUUUUUGUGAAUGUAAACAACCCCCUUCUGUCUUGUUUUGUUCUGAUCUCUAUAAUUAGGUGAUCCAAUAAAGGUUGCUUUGGGUAUUUGUUUUUCCCAUGGGGAGGUUCACUCAAGCACAUUAUUGCAGCAAGUUCCAUACAUGUAUGCCCUACAUAUGCCCAACUGCACAAUGCCCAAUUGCCCAUGACCAAUUACCAAUGCAGCCUUUAUGGAAUUAGAUAUAUAUUUUGGUUCAAUUUUGUCGUCAGAUUAUCACACUUUUCGAUAAGGCAAUGGAAAAUAAAAUUAAACCAGGGAUAAAAUUUAUCAUAGUGUACAUAACGGGUUUCAUUAAGUGCUUUUAAUUGGAAAUUGAGUGUGGUGUAUUGGAUAGGUGAUGGCUUAUGAGACCUGUUUAUUUAGCUUCGACUGUUUGCCUUCUAUAAUCCUUCUAUUUUCUACUGUUUUUCAGUGCUAAGCAGCAGGCUAAGAUGGCAGCUUACUGUGUCAAUAUUUUUGGUGACAUGCUCCUUGAUAAACCUUUGGAUGAUUAUCCUGUAAGCCAUGUUUUGUCUUUCCAUGAUUUAUUUUGGGCUGUUUAGUACUUUAAAUAAUUGCAUAGCUGUCUUUCAAAUUCAUUGCAAGUGCAGGCCUGGAAACUCCAGUUUCCCCCAUCACAGUGUAGAUGUAAAUCUAAACGUCUUCACAUAUAAAUUAUAGGUGUAUACAUACCAUUAAACAUAACUUAAGAAUAAAGUAAUUUUACAUUGAAAAAACAGUAAGGAGAAAAUGGACCAGAGGCCACUGAUCAGUGCUACCUAUUGAAAUACAUAAAAAAAAAACAUAAGCAAAAGCACACUUUUCCUUUGCUACUUAAUUCAUAGUAUAUAUUAUUACUAUUAUAAAUAUAUAGCUGUGUCACGAGUGGGCAAGAUGAAGCAAAUACUGCAUUCUGAUUGGCUACCUGAGCAAGAAAGAUGGGUCCAUCUUGCCCACUCAGGAUUUCCAGCAUUUUUUUCGCACGAAAAAGUUCUCUUUUUGGCCAUAUAAUAAAUCCUUUAAAGACCAAGCUUGUUAUUUGAAUAUGGCUGAAUGUUGGCCUUGUUUUUUUUCUUGCAUUUUUAUUGACUUGAAAACACGAAAAAGAACUUGGCCCAUAUCCAUCCAUCUUGACUGAACAGGCUUGGUCAAUAAUGCAUAUAUAUAAAAAAUAGUUAGCUCCAGGCCUGUGAUUGAGAGCCUGGGACCAUGGAUUUCCCCCAGCUACCAAGAAUGUGGCCCCCGGCUACUUUCAUACUAAGGAAAAUAGGAAAAAAACAGAACCAAAAGAAAUCCCUAGCUGUUUGAUUCCCCGCCUACUUGUCAUAUUUACCUGGCAACUUGAGAUCUUAGUGACAGCCCUGUGUGAUACAGAAACACGUAGUUUUAAAUGGAAUUUGUGCUUUUUUUUUGAAAGCUCGAAAAAGGGAUGUCUCUUCCACAUCCAAAGGCCUUGUUAAGAAGGAUAGUGAUAAAGAACAAGAAGAAAGCAAAAAAACUUGAGGAAGGUACUGAACAACAUGUUUAUUAAAUUAACGUGGAAGAUGAUUUUAAAUGUUUUUGUAUUAAAUCAUUCUGGGGAAGUAUAUAGUUUUGUUUGCACUUUGUAAUGUCAGCGCUGAAAAGUGAAAGAUGAGUGUAAUGGAAUUAUCACCAGUUGUAAAAGGUAUUGGUUGAUUAAACCAAUAUUUAUUCUCCUCAUCAGUAGCCAGUUCACAGUCUCAUUACUUCCUCUUUGCCUGUAUGGAAUUAUAAACUGCUUCGAAUUGACAACAAGCACAAGAUUGUGGGCUUUGCACUCGUUCUCGCACUCUUGCUCUUGCUCUUGCACGCUGUCAAAUUGUCAAAUAAAAAAGAAAUACAUCUGAACAGGCUACCACAUCAGUACGUAAGGAAAUGUUUGUAGUACAGAGUGGAGAAUACAUUACAAAGCUGAAGUGUGUUAUUUUGCACUUUAAUAGUAGGUGUUGAUUCAGAAAAACCUACAACUGACUCAAGUACCACAGUGACAAGUUCUGACAGCAAAGUGGACACACUCAAUGGAGAAGUACCAACUGACAAUCCACAACAAAUUAUUGAUAACGAUAAGGUAAGUGAAUUGUAAGUAAAGUAACAGCCAUUGUUUUAUAGCUUGAAAUUUUUUCCCAACAGCGUUUAUGCUUUCAUCGGUUACGUUUGGGUCACAUGACAUCUAACAAUGAAAAUUUUCCCCCAAAAAAAUCUCUGAACAGGCAACUUUGCAAAAUCUAUGAUGUCAGAGAGUAACAGUGCACUGUUACCUGCAAAUGUUGACUGCUCACAAGAUUUAUUUUCAUGAAUUUGUACACUUAAAAAGCUUUUCCUGGUAAGCUAUACAACAAAUCACUUUCAGAUUCUCGGGAAACAAAAUUAACUGUUUCUCCCGGGACCAGUCUUUAAGUGUUUAACUCAUGACCAAUGAUAUCAUAUUUUUAUUAAACCGUUGUGAUGCUCAAAGGUUGGAUUUGUAGAUUUGUAGGCCCCUGAAUAAGAAACAGGCAGAAUAGUGAUGUUUUAACAACUAUUAAAUAGUGACAAAACACGAAUCAAAACGCACCAAUGACAUUAUUAGAGUCUUCAUAGCCAAUAACAUCAUGGCUUACCUGAUGGACGACCUAUAACAUUGUGACUUUAUUGACCAAUCAGGUCGAUAUCCAGAGUUUCAUAAUCAUCAACUGAUGACGUGAUACACUUCACUUUGACUCUCAAGAUGACUACAGCACAGGUUUUCGAAAUGUCAGUCACAGGACCACACUCACCCAGACAGUCAUAUCCCACCUACUUAUGAAUUUACUCCUGAGUUCAAACCUUUUACUAUUUUAAACUAAUGUUUAAAUCUUAUUCUGUUUGCAAAACUUAGGAUGAAGAAGAGGUAGCACCAGAGAACGAACUCUCUGCUCUUGUAAACUACAUCCAACCUGUUCACUUUAAAAACUUUGAAGUUGCUGCUGGUCAGUAUACAUAUAUUUAUUAUGUUGUUUAAAUGCCAUGUCAUCUGUUUGGUAUCUGUGGAAACUCGUUAAUAUGCACAAGCAAUGGCCUAGUGUUGGCCAUCAAUGAUAUUAUUGUACCACGUUUAUAAUAAAGCAGAUGGAAUUUAUAAAUUAUCCAAUGGUGGUUCUCCACGGUUUCUAAGAGAACAGAUCGUUGCGUGAUAUCUGCGAGUAGAUGCCGUAUGGAUAGUAUCUUACUCAGUUACAAUUUGAUGCUUAAAAUAGUUUAAACAUUAUUUGUUUUAACAGAGACUCAUUAGAUGCCUUAUUUUGGGCUAUGCUAAUAAUUUAUAUUCAGACGGUUCUGAAAUAAACACAGUGAAGUGUGAUGUUUGGACUGUUGGCUUACCCCCAUUCCUUAUGAUUGUACCUGCCAGUCUAAAUUGUUGCAAGCAAAAUGAGCAACUGUAGUUCCUUUUUCUUGACAGUUGUUAACAGAAGCUUUGAGAUGUCAUCAUUUGUUGAAACAACGGCUACAACCGUUCUAAAAGUUGAACCUGUAGAAUUUGUCAAGUAUCCUUUACUGCACCUUCUGUUUUCUCCUUUCAGACGUGAAACAGAACAGAAACAGGUCAAAAGAGAAAGAUACAUUGUAGAGAGUACUUACCAUUCCUUGCCAAUUUCUGAACCGCUAUUUUAAGCUCCAUUUUGGCCUCCCUUUUUUCACUCUCUCCUUAUUUCCAUUGAUUCUAUCUUUGGUUUAGUUGAGAGACCUUUACUACCAAUUAUGUACUGUAACUUAAUUAACUCAUGUAAAAUAAAAUUUAAUAUUUCUUAAUGACAAAAAGUUAUAACAAGCGUCAGCUGAGUAGAAUUUACCCCAAGGGAACCCGAGUUGGAUCUGAAAACUACAUGCCACAGGUGAGCCCAGAGUUAGGAUUGUACAGUUUUGCAAAGUCACCAACCCAAAGAAGGAUUUUAGAAAAGAAAAUCUAGCAGCCUUUUAUCUGCUAAAAAAAUUGUAUUAAAUAAUAAUAAUAUUUAUGUAGCAUAAGAGUCACUGCAUAUAGAUAUCUUACAUAAAUUACCACUUGUUACUUUGAGGAAGAAAGCUUUAUAACAAUUUUUUAUUGUGUUGUACAGGUUUUCUGGAAUGCUGGGUGCCAAUUAGUUGCUCUCAAUUAUCAAACUUUAGGUAAGGCAUUUACAUCGCUUUUUUGUUGUGAAUGUUAUAUCAUCAUCCUUAUCACUUGCAAUUUUUUUUUCUUUUAAAGACUUAGGAAUGAUGUUAAAUCAAGGAGUUUUUGAAUAUAAUGGGCGCUGUGGGUAAGUAAGUAAGAUUGUCUUCUUAGAACUGAAAUAGGAUUAAGCCAAAUUUUUUUUCACUUAAUUAAAAGCAAAGGUCACUUUGGGUCAUCUUUAGUUUUGUUGAAAGGGGAAGUUAUAAUAAUAUUGCCGUUGUGUGUGCAAUUUAUGUCACUCUAAAAAGAUGCACAUGUCAAGAGAAAAGUUCUCACUGUUUCAGGUAUGUCCUCAAGCCCAGUUUUAUGUGCCGUGCUGAUAAAACAUUUGACCCUUUUGUUGAGUCAACAGUGGAUGGAAUUAUUGCUGGUGCAGUCACAGUAAAGGUAAUUGCACAAUGACCUGCAUCUAUUAGAUUUCUCGACGUGUAUUUGAGAGCUAAUUACUAAUCACUCAGUGGUGAAUUUUAAUGUAAACAGGAAGCUUGCCCUAUGCAUUCAUGUUUCUGAAUUUUGAGUAUUCUUCUUGAAUUAUUAGAACUGGGUUAUGAUAUUAAUCUGCUUAGCUUGGACAACAGAGAAAUUCAUUGUAGGUUCUGCUUUAAGAACAGUGUUGUGGGGAGAUCAAAGAUUCUGUAGGAUAAUGAUAUCUUUGGUGAUUUUUAGUGGAGGCAUGUGUGGCCCAGCAGUUAACACCUAGAUCGGGAGGUCAUGGGUUCACGCCUUGCCGUCACAUUGUUUCCUUAGACAAGGAACUUUACUCCACUUUGUUUCUCCUCACCCAGGUGUAUAAAUGGGUACGGGCGAUAUGCUGCUGAGUGGGAGGGGACCCUGGGAUGGACUAGCAUCCUGUCCUUAGCAUCCUUCAGGCUAAGCAAACUGGGAUAAGUUCCGGCCAUUUGGGCCUUUGGUUUGUGUGCGCCUUUACCUUACCUUUUAUCUUUCAAUAGGUUAUCUCUGGCCAGUGGUUAUCAGAAAAGAAGGUCGGUACCUACGUUGAAGUAGAUAUGUUUGGCUUGCCUGCCGACACUGUCAGAAGAAAGUACAAGACAAAAGUUAUACCAAAUAAUAGUAUCAAUCCAGUCUACGAGGAAGAGCCUUUUGUGUUCAAAAAGGUAAACAUGGCUUGAAUGUUUAGAGAGGAACUGGGCCACUUGGUUAUCAUCUUCAUGACAUCACCCAUAUCAUGGGUGGAUCCAGAGAGUUGCAGGUGUUCGCUAAGCUUGCCCUGUUCUCUCCCCCGCAAUUUCCCCCCAUCAAAACCCUGCAUUUUUUGAUAAGCCUUGACAUGUAAUUCAGUUUGUUCAUGACACUUUUUUUAUUUUAAGCAUAGCUUGGUGGCAUCAAUGUUGCUUCUGUUCCUUUCAUGUACUGUCAUCAUAUGUUCUGAUUUAAGAUGUAACUGUAUUUUGUAUAUUAUCAGGUGGUUCUUCCAAGUCUAGCAGUUCUAAGAAUAGCCGUUUAUGAAGAAAGUGGCAAAUUCAUUGGCCAGAGAGUUUUACCAGUUGAUGGUCUUAGUCCAGGUGGGUUGAAAAAGGAAGUUUUGUUUUUCAACUGAUGUCUGUCUAAGUUAUUAGCCUCUAGGCUAUAAUGUCUCAAAAUUUAAAUGUUCAUUUUGAAGAUGAUUCCACUAGAAAUUCAUUGGAGUUAUGCAGCUGGCUCUUAACUCAGUCUCUUGAGAAUGAAGCAAGUAAUUUGAAAAAGUAUUUUUGAUCUUUUUGGAAUAGAUGCUACUUCAUCACAAGGUCACCCUAGUUAGAGUAUACCAUCUGUACCCAUUUAAUUUUAUAAUCCUGAAAUGGUAGUGAUCAUUCUUAAGACACAGUGUCUUACAUCCUAUCCACACUAUCCUACUUGCCAGGUAUAAUGCUUGGCAAAAGUUCAUAAUGCUGUAUGCAAUGAAAAUCAUUGACAGGAAAUAUAUGCAUACUUGGAUCAAAGGCAGUUUUGAUUAUGAUCUUUUGUUGGCAGGUUAUCGACACAUCAAGCUCAGGAAUGAGUCAAAUCAGCCCCUUUGUUUGCCAACACUGUUUGUACACAUAGUUACCAAAGACUAUGUUCCAUCAGGCUUUGAAGGUAGGUUGUGUAUCCUUGUGGAAAUGUUGUGUCUAAUUUACCACUUUGGGUGUGUUCAAUUGACUGUAUAUGGGAGUUGAAAUGGAUAGAAUAAACUCUAGAAAUUACUUGUUUCAGCGUCCAUUGCUUUGAGAUAACUAAACUCCACCUAAAAAUAAAAUUAGAAGUUGCAUUUAGCAUUCCAGUAGUCCAGGAAAACACACUAGAAGAGAUUUGUUACAAAAUUUUUGCAUAUUCUUAUUCCAAAAAAUGAUCAAUGCAAUGCACCCUCAAAGUGAAUGCUAUCACCAUGUGAACUUUGUGCAAAUUUUGGAGUCUAGCAUGCAGUUUACUGUUCUUUUUGCCGACAGAUUUUGCUGCUGCUCUUUGUGAUCCUAUUGCUUAUCAUCAAGAAGCUGACAAAAGACAAGAGCAGUUAAAGUCAUUAUUAGAUGAGGAAGACCUUGAAGAUGUAAGUUUUUAAGCAUAUAUUUCAGGAAAAUGGUACAAAAGAAAUUAUAUGACAAUGUACAUUAGUUCUUUUAGUAACAUUUGUAAGGCUCUUUGCCUAGGGAUAUAAAUGUAGCUGGCACAUUGUAAUGAUGAUUAUCUACUUAACAAUGCUGCUGCUGCUUGUCAUGAUGAUGAUGAUGGUGAUAAUAUUGACCCCUUGUAGUCUCUGCAGCAAAUAGUCAGUAAUCCUUUUGAUGUAGAUGGCUUGAUCCCAAGGCUGAACAGUUUGGCUAACAGUCAGUGAUUAUGAUAAUGAUGAUGGUGAUAAAUGAAAUUCAGUAAAAAUCUCAAUAUGUCUGCUGUUUUCUUUGGAUCAGUAAUUGAGGUUUCUAAAUAACUGACCUACUACCCCUCCCCUAAGUCAUCAUUAACACUUACUUCUCACUUUGGGGCAAAAUUGUGACUUGGGGAGGGGUAGGUGGUUAGUUACCCAGAGACUUCAAUUGAUCCUUUUCUUGUUAUUGUUCUCUGUCAUUUCUUCACGAUUCCUUUCAGACUGAAAAGGUCCAGGAUGAUGGAUCAAAGCCAGUGAACGCAGUAAAACAAGGAAGUAACUUACCAAUAAAGGAACAGAAGAGGAAAUCAAUUAAAAGAAAUGACACAAACAGUGAGUUCAAUAAGUAAACAAUUUCCACUUGCUUAUAUAACUCAACAAUGGAUGCAUUAUUCAUUCAUUUAUUUAUGAAAUCUUUUUUAACUUCACAGCUUCACUUGCUGCUGAAAUACCCAAUCUCAGUCAGAGGCGUGGCUCAGAUUUUAUGUUCAGAGAAAGCUUGAGCUUGAGACGAGACAGUUCUCGGGACAGCAUCUCAGGAAUGAAAACACCCAUGUCUCAUCCUAUCACGUCACGCUCUUUGUCACUCCAGGCUCCCCCAGUAAUGGAAAAAAAUCCUCUUGCAAGAAGAGCCAGAAGCACCAAAAGGCGAGAAGGCAAGACGCACUCUCUUAUUUGUUUUAGCAGUGAAGGUAAGUGCCUGGAGGAUCUCAUGUGGGAAAGACUUCUUAUCCUGUCGUGUGUCUUUUCUAUUUUCAAUAUUUUUGUAAUUGCUUUUUUUAAAAAUUGCUCUCUGAACCACUGAAAACAUUAAGUGCAAGAAAGUGCUGUCUUUGUGUAGCUGAUUUCUUGGGCCAGAUUAUAAACAUACUAAGAAAUACCUUUUAACAUAUCUGACGAUAGCAAACGAUUUUGUGAGAUGUCAAACUUCAGCCACUGACAAUAUCCUGGGAAAAAUAGUAAGGAAAAGAGUUAAAUAUAUGUUUUAAAAGGAAGGUAUAAAAAGGAUAAUAGUUUUUGGGAAAUGUGCUGUAUUGACAUUAAAUCUGAAAUAAAGACUUGGUUAAAAGUCAUCAAAAUUAUUGCUGUGCUUGAGGAUUAAAUGCAGAAUUCAACAUGUAUUUAAACAAAAAAAAAGGAGUAAAAAAAUUAAUUAAGCAAGGAGCAUCUUUUAACUCCCUAAGAUAUACCUUUAAAGGCCUAAACCAUUAAUUUAAUGAUAUGAAUUAGAUUGCAAGCUGAAAUUUGGAGUGCUGUGAUUUUUUUAAUCAGAAUUCCUGCUUGUAAAAUAAAAUUGUUAAAGUUAACGUCUUAAGCCCACAUGGGAGCCAUCAGGUGAGUACAUAGUCUAUAUUCUCAUCCUUAAUAUUAGCUUUUUACCUCUUAGUUUUAAACUGUAGAAAAGUUUAAUCAUAAUCCAUCUUUAAUUAAUGUGUAAUUUGUGAACUUUCGCUUUAAUUUUGUGAAUGAACUUGUGGCUUUAUUUUUUAGGGAGAAAAUUGAUGUCACAAAAUAAUAAUUUAUUUUAAUGUAACAUAAAUGUAAUCUAACACCAAUAUUAACAGCUGCAAGGUUGUUUUAAUAAUUUAACAUUAAUAAACCUUUAUCAAAAUUACUCACCUAAAGGAAGGUCAUUUUUAGUCCUUAAUAAUUAACCUACUGCUAGGAGGACAAAUAAAUUUAACAUCGUGUAUCUUAAAAGCAAAGAAUGCAAACUCGUUAGAAGGCUAAUGAAGUAGAAAGAAAAUCCAAAAUCAGAGUGUUACAUACAUUCAUUAAGCUUUAAGAAGUUGGAGUCACAAGAAUCAGAAGGUUUCCAUUUUCUUAUGACUCCAUUUUAGUCUCUCUCAAUUUUAUAACAAUCUAGUGAAAACAAGAUUGUUGGCGUUGUAAGCUGAAGCCAAAGAAUACCAGUAAACCAAUCACAGUGUUCAUGUCUGUGGAUUGUAAUUUCUUUAAACUCCCACUUGCGACUCCGACAAUCAUGUUAGCAGGUAAAGUACCUAACUCUGCCCAUUCUGCCCUUCAGAUUACUUCUUUGACUCUGUCAUUGCGAACGCAGCCUUAAUUUGCGUCAUAACAAACUUAAUACCAUAAGAACAAAUAAGUUCUAAUAUCACUCAGUUCUUAACGAUACUUUCUGCUAAACAUAACCUCAUAAAAUUUCUAACAUUUCAGUUAAAGGCUAAAAUAACAAGAGCCUACAUUCUUUUUCCAGUGACUUUAACUGUUGCAUGUAGAUAUUUUAAAAUUAAAAGCCAUUUCCUUUCUUUAGGAGGUAGUAUUAAAGAAGAACAUAUGGCAUUCCAGCAUUUUUGUAGGUUUGCUUUCCAUGUUCAUUAAAUUAACAACUUAUAAACACAAGCUGCUUUUGUUUCCUAGUCUCUCUGUAAUUUGCUUUAUAUUUCGUUAAAAAUGUAAAUUUAUAUUAUAACUGGUACUUAAAAUCAUGUAAUACUUCACCAGGUAUAUUCACUAUUUCUGUUUUUGAGGAACAGUUAUAAACACACUAAGUAAGAAUACAAGUUGAGUAUUUUCCUGCGUGCAUUGGCAUAUUAAAUACUUUGUUUGUACUGGUAAUGGGUAGUGAAGCACGUGUGUCAGAAUAUUAAGUAAGUAGUGAUGAAUUAAUUCUUCAAAUUCCAGGAAAGGAUCUUUCAUACAGCUAUGAUAUGCACACUUUCAUCUCAGUAAACUCAUGACUCACUGUCUGGGCUGAAUUUUCUUAUGUCAACAGAAUUCAUCCUGAUAACUACAUCAGCCUUUUAAAAAACAUAUUAUUAAAUAUAUUUAUUAUACAUCAGACUCACUAUGAAAAAUCUGAUUGGUCGAGAGCAUUCAAUCAAUUCACAAUAGCUUGUGAACUUGACAUGAUAAAUGCAAUAUCUGCUGCAGAUAUUGCAUUUAUCAUGUCAAGUUCAACGUCUGCCUGGUUACCAAGCCCCUUGGAGUGUUCUCCUCAGAAACAGAAUGGCUGAAUGUCUUCUUUUGCCUAUUGUUUAAAAAAUGUAUAAUAAAACAAUUAUUGAAAUCGGUUUUUGCAUGAUAUCAUGAAUUAUCAAAACCUCGUGUCUGUAUUAUCUGCCUCAGCCUUCGGCUUCGGCAGAUAACACAGACCUGCUCAACCUCAUCCAAUAAUUGUUUAUUAUCAUGUAUUACGGUACUUAUUAUCUAACCUUCUUGCAAUCUCUUUCCCAGGGCUUUUCUCUUGUUCCCCUCCCUUUGUCUGAGGGAAAAGCCCUUGGUAUGAGGUUGAUGUUUUUGCAUGCUUACUUGUAGAGAAGCGAGUGAUGUAACUCCCACUCUCUUUGCCCUCCCCCACCCCCUCUUGUAAUAAAUUGUCUGCAGAGGUAGCCAGAGCCAGAGCACUGAAUCCAAGACACAAGUCGGCCAUUAACCCCCUGCUCGACUCAACACGAAAAUUGGCGCCAAUUCCCAACGCGAGAGCCUGCUUGUAUGGCAUUAGAAGCCCAGCACUCAAUCAUAAUCAUGUGCGAAUGCUAUAGAUCUUAAUUCUGAAUUACCCCCCAGGGUCUAAUGGUCAUCCCCAUAACCUCCCCCAAUGAAGAGUUUGUUAUGGAAGGUUUUCAGUGGACCCAACAUAAGUGAUUUCCCGUUUCAUUAUUUUUUUCAGAUACAAAAGUAGAACCAGCUUCCGUUAGUGAACUUAAGGAACAGAAGGUUGGCUUUUGUUAUGUUGUUGCCAAGGUUUUGUUAAACAUUAUUGUCAUUUGCUGCUAACGUUAAAUAACUUGUAAGAGUGGGGCACUAAGGUUUUAAAAAAUCGUCCUAAAGCAACACGACAAGAGAAAAGAAAAAUAGAAACGUGCCAAAUCCUCAGUGUUCCCUAAACCAUUACAUCACUGACGGCAGGUAAAGUGUUUUUAGUAAAUGUACUUCUCUUUAUGUAAUUCCAUUAGGCCUUUUUGAAGCUGAAUCAAAAGCAUCAAAAAGACAUGGAUGUGAUUGUUAAAAGACAUGAGAAGGUAAGAAUUCAGUGCUUCUUUAAGUAGUGAAAUUAUCUCAUUGCUCUCAAAAUGACAAAGCAAAGUAGCGCUGAACAUGUUACUUAGUGUGAACACAGUUCUACGUGGGUAAGAAAAAUAAACGUCAAGUAUUUAAAAAGUUUUAGUCUUUCAUUAUGCCCUAAUGCAUACAUUUGGUAACUAUUAGGAGAAAGACAAACUGCAAAAGAGCCACUUACUAGCGCAAGAUAAGUUACUCAAAGACUUGGAUAAGGAAAAACUUUCAACAAAGAAGAAGAAUGACAAGGAGCUUAAAAAGGCAGAGAAAAAAGGGUAAGUAUCACUGAUGAAAAAUAAUAAUGAUGGUAAUUAUAUAUAGUGUAGGUGAUGAUGACGAUGAUGAUGAUGAUGAUGAUUAUAUCACCACAGUAUGUAAGUGACCGUCAAAUCUUGGUAGUUAUGGGAUGUUUUACCUUACUUAGGGUUCUAGAGUCAGUAUUCUGAGUGUUAUAACCUUUCACAGACAUUCGUCCCUCAAAGAAGACGACCGUUCGGUUUGUCAAUGACUUUUAAACACUGACAAUGGAAGAAUUACCUUGCUUGUUGUGUUUUCCAUCUGCAGAAACUAUGAAGAAAGUUACCGUAAAGGAGUGGGGGAUAUGAACGACUUAGUCCGAGGCCAUGAAACCAAGGUAGGGUAACCAGAGCAAAAGAGCUAGGUUAAUUACAAAAACCUGACAAAAAAACGCGAGCAGUGGCACAAGACAGCAGAAAAGUAUCAAAAAAGGAACAAUCAGGUUGUAAAUGAUGUGACUGAUCCUUAACACUUGAAUUCAUUCAGUGUUAUUUGGUAUUAUUUAUGUUCUUCCCUUUAGUCAUAUUGUUUCUCAAGCAUGCAGCGUAUUGUACAGACAUAUUGUGUCUGUAAUGCUUUUGUCCAACAAAGUAUUGGGGUUUGAUAAAGGAAUCUAACUUGAUUUAUGUAAUUAGUUGCCACGGUGUAUGAUAACAUUUAGACCAAUUUUUUGUAAUACAUUAUAUCUCGUGUUGUUAUUGUACACAGUGUUGUAUGUUUUCUUCAUGAAUUAGUCAUUUUGUUGUCCGGCUGUUUUUGGUAAUCUCUCGCAGUUGCUUCAAUAAAAUCCAACAAUGUAUCUGACAUUUUUUAUUUACAUGCUACAUACAUAAUGCCUUGUAUGUUUCUAGCACGAAGUAUGAUUUUCCAUCUCUUGACGUUUUUGCAAUUUCGUGAUUUUUUUUUUUCAGUCAGUGUCUAUAAUUUGUUGCAUUUUUAUCAAAGCAGUUCUCACUUUUUCUAUUUGAUACCGUAUUUUCGUUUUGUAUCGUGGCAUGGUGUUAACGAUGUGUUGUAAUCUAUAACUGUGUCAAAGGUAAAUCACCAGGAUAACAGACAGACAGUUGAGUUGAGCAGCACUCAUAACUCCUUGUAUUGCACCAAUAAAGUACAAUAUGUAUACUCCAUUGCUUAAUCAUAUUUAGAUGAAGUUCAGAAUGUUCCCUAAAAUUUGGAAUUAAUAUGAAAUAAACAGUAUUUGUAGUUACCACAAUAAAUAAAGAAAAUUAAAGGCGCUUAACAAGGCAAAAAUUUGUCCGCCGUUAAGAGAUUACAAAAGCUCACGUCUCGAACGGACACAUCACCAUUGUUGAGCGGUGAAAGCGUCUUUAAAGAACGUCAAGUUCGGAGCCAAAAACCGUUCACGUUUGAACAUGUUUAAGCAUUGGUGUGAAAGAGUAUAAACUGCACAACAUUGCACUAAAAGUGAAAUCAAUGUGAACGGAACAUCUUGCUUAAAAUUGGUUUGGUUUGUUUUCUUGGAACUCCUUAGGUACCGACAAUUGAUCCUGACGGAGAGAUAAGUGUUAGUAUAUGCCACUGUAUUUUUGCAUUACGAUGUUCAUGCUCACACUGUUUGCACAACGAAAAAAACUUCAGAUUUUUUUGUGGGAAGGGUUUGGGGGGAGUUCAUCACAGUAUUCGUGGUUUAACAUGGUAACAACAAUCAAGAGUUUUCGGAUUUGUCAAUUUUCUGCUUAACUAAUUCUUUGAUUGAAUACAAGAAACUGAUUAAUUCAAGCUCUACUGCCGCAUAACCUAAUUUAGCAACUUUUAAUUUCAUGAAAAUGUUGGUUAUAUAGCAAGCAGAAUUAAGCAAAAUGUUGUUCUUCGUGAAGGGAAGUGUCAUCAUUUAUGUUAAAUAUCCUAAAAGGUUGAAAUAUACCUUAGCAAGGUACAUCAUAUAAAAACGUCCAUUCAUCAUUGACGGAUUAAUGGUAACUAAACAUCAGUUUUGAAGAACAUAAAUGUAACUAGCUAGUGUAUGACUUUUGUAAACUUGAGACUACUGAUUCCCCAGUGACAAUCAUAAACUCAGAUUCUUAUUCAGUCUCAAUGUUUGUUAUGUAGGCAGUACAGUACAUAUAUCUUUUGAAAGAAGGAUGGUUACUGAUGGUAAUCAAAGUUUAAAAUUGUUAACUGGGUUUGAAAGUACCAGUUUGGGAUCUUUUCGAGAUGGAAAUAUCUCCAUUAUUUGACCAGUCAUAGAGUGUGUACUAACUUAGGAAUUGCCAAACGUUUUGUUAUACAAUAAUACAAGACGCAAACCUGUAACGCCGCCGAAACUGCAAAUCAUUUGUGGUGAUGUCAGUUGUGAUUGCUCUGAUUAAUUUAAAAUAUUUCUAUAUACUCUGUGACAUGAGUUGUAAGGAUGAGAAACGAGGUGAUGCAGGUUUAAUACUAAUUGAGUGUAAAAUCUUUCAUCUCAAAGAAACGUGUUAAAGCGCAAAACGAGGGCAUGAAGUUCCUUAAACGCGUUCAGAACAGCUAUAUAUAUAUUGAUACAUUUACUUCAUUCCCUACAAUUCUGAGCUUGUAGUAAUUAAUUUUUAACUGAUCAUGACUCAGCACUAAUAAAGUUCUAAUAUUUCUGGCAGGUAAACUCUCUUUUCCUAAACUACCAUCAGGCUUAUAUAACAAAUAAUCGUUGAAAUGUUGACGGCGUAUAUGACUAAAUGGACGCACAGUCUAUAAACUCUUUAUAAAAGAUAUAUAUCAAACGCCUUGGUGUUACUUUUGUCCCUUUUAUCCUCUUGUAUUUUAAAAUAUAAAAAACCUACUCAGACACGUAUCAACCUGUUCGCCAGUGCAUGCGCACUUGCGUGUUAGAAAUAACUUAUGGGAUUCCAUAAAACAAGAAGUUAGAGGUUAAAUCCUCUCUUGUUAUAUUUCGCAUUCAAAGAUUUUUUCUUUUUUUGAAAUUCUAAGGACAAGCGUUUAUUUUUCUUAAUAACUUCUUAACAAAUGCAUGACAGAAAAUACUCAAAAUAACAUUUCCGAGCUUCUUGUUUUCAAGAUCUUUGCGGUGAGUGGGGUAUCCCAGAAUCCUAGAGGCAAAAUCUUCCCCUUUGCUUAUCCUACAGACUUUUCUAACUUAAUCUCCACUUUUUAAAAUUACGCCUAAAAUGAUUUUGGCGUCUUUUUGCCUUGACGUGGAAUUAACGUAAAUUGACCUCACUUGUUUAUUUGUGUUGCUUUGACUUUCAGAUUAAUUCUCUGAAACGUACACACCGUGACUCGAUGACUGAACUCCUCAGAAAGCAACUAAACGAACAGCUGGAGCUAGCAGAGAAACAACUACAUCCUGUAGGUGGAUAGGCAAUCACUAUACUCUUAUAUUUAGAGCGGCCAUGGAACGUCCCCAAAUGUUCAAUAACCUUUAUUAAUGUAGUAAAGGGGUCGGUGUAAGGAGCAACCAGUUAGCAACCUGCUGUUUGCGGUCUAGCUAUAAGACAAUUGCACGAUGACAUCAUUUUACUACGACUACCAGAAUGCCUUAGUUUGUUGUUCUUGAGAAAAUUAAGGCUAUUUUUUUCAAACGUCGCCGGGAUUAACAAAUCUGAAUAGGAAAGCAAAAGCGAAACGAAAUCCGGUAGUUUUAGUCAAAUGUAUCCUCGGAGACCCAGGGGCAGUCAGGCGGGCCUGUGCUUGAAAACUUUUGUCGCGCCUUUUCUCCCGGCCCGACUGACCGCCCCUGGGUCUCCGAGGAUGAGUCAGAUGUCGUCAUCGUGAAAAUAGCCAAUUGAUUCUGUCUUACAAUACGAAAAGUCUCGCUUUUAAUGGGGAGAGGCAUUCGCUCAGGCAAAAGCAUUUUUGAGCGAAGCACGUCAACCGGAAGUGAAGCCUCCGAAAGUGUCGAAGUUUGAAUGUCUAAAUGUCUUUUCUCUUAUAGAGACGAUCUGCCGAAAAUGUGGGCAAAACUUCCGCCCUAGAAUGCAAAAAUUCCACUUCCAGUUGACGUGCAUUGCUCAAAAACGUCCUUGCUUACUUUGGCUGAAAACUAUAGUUAACGCUAUAAUGAUCAUUACACCAUAUUGCCUUCCUACAGAACGUCUUUUUUGAAUACUUCCUUUCUGGAAAUGUCACUACCCCAUUCACAUGGCAUCCUUCUGUUUUUAUUAUGUCUAGAAACAAGAAGAGCUGGAAAGACUGAUGCGUCUGUCGCAAGAAGAUAAGAUGAAGCUUUUGGCGGAUGUGCAUUCCAAGUAAAAACUGCUUUUUUUAUUUUGUUCCAUUCCCAUAUUUCCAGUGACCUCAUUAUUGUACUCUUUCAUCCUCUGAUUUGCCCACGAAAAUGGUUUUGUUCUCGUAAUGUUUCUCUAAGUCUUGUUUUCUGCAUGAAAAAGAGGGAAAAUGUCAACCAAAAUACUCCCUUUGCCGCCUUUUUUUUUAUAAGCAUACAGUUUAGUUUAUUUCCUGUAAUAAAAUAUUUUUAUUACCUUGAAGACAAAUGAAUGACUUGAAAAAAGGCCAAGAUGAUCACAAUCGACAGGAAUUAAAGCUUCUGUCGCGGUACCAUACAAAUAGAGAUGAACUACAAAGGUUUGUUGUUUUCUUUCCUGUACCUCCGCUAACGCAACUGCUCAAUAUUUCUUGCCAGGAUUUCUUUUUUGCUUCUUUUCUUUGUCUUCCCUAUUCUUUGUCUCAUUAUUUGUAAAAGUCACUGUACUAUUUCUCGUCUACUUUCUCCAUCCUCUGCUAUUAGUCCUUGACUAGACUGUUCUUCCUUGGAUCAUCACCAUCAUCAGUAUCAUCAUCAUCCUCAUCAUUACCAUUAUCGACGUCAUUGCUGUUUCAUCGCCAUUGCUCCUUUCCAACCCUUCCAGUCUGUUCUUGUGUAAAGCCCGCAUGCUUGUUCAUCACCUUAAUCUUUUCCUUACAUUUUAUUGAGUUCCCAUCCAUGCUCUUUCUUUUUGCUUUUGCCUUUUUGUCUGGAAUACUCAUUAAUUUUUUGUUGACUUCUUUACUCUUAAGACGAAAACGAGAAGAGAACAAAAAGCACAUAGAGCAAUCAGUGAAGGAGAGACAAAAGGUUUGUUUGGUUUCAUUCUCUGUUGACAACAUAUAUGGACGUUUUACGAUUUUUUUAAACGAAAAUUGAUGCCUUAGAAAUUUCAAAAUUGUUGGUUUCUUGAGUGUAGGUUUGACUCGUAGAAAGUAUUAUCUUCUUUUAGAUGACUGAGUUUCACAAAAAAGAAAGAGAAGAGCUGGAGAAAGAACAUGACAAACUCUUUGAGACUCUUGACGAGGAUAGGAAAAAGGUAGUAGUUUAUUUAUGUUUUUAUUGCCUUCAGAGUUCUUUCGUUAAAGCAAAUAUUGUGAACCGAGCCGCAUCUCUCGGAGAGAAACAACAGUGGGAAAUGCAUUUGCAAGCCACCAAAAGCAGCAAACCACUGAAGUUUAAUUUAAAAUUCUUGAUUUUAUCUCUGCAGAGUUUAAGAGAUCUUCGAACACUUCAUGAAACGAAGCUGAAACACCUUACCGUUUGUGAUCUGGAAAUUACUUACGCAUCUUUGUACGGAGACAAGGUUACUAAGCUGUAGGGUUACCAAGGCAAUGAAACUUUUAGUUGUUAGGACAUUAGUCCCUCCUAUUUGCAACCACAUAGGUACGACACGGCUAUGUUGGUGUUCAGCUUAAUACAAUACCAAUAUUAUACUUAGAAUUUACAUGAAACAGAGCCCGGUUAGUUUCCUAGCGAAGAGAUCACUAGCAUGGGUGCUGUGACGUCACGUCCCAGCCUGGUAAUUAAAAACCAAGCAGGAAUUUUUAAAGUUGCCUGUUUAACUUCUUUAUUGUAUGUAAAUCCAGUUGUGGGUUUGUUUAAUUAUGGCACCGACCGGUUAUAGAGUUCCUUUACAUAAAUCACUUUAACUGAGAUAACCGGAAGUUUGGGUUGCCAAAAUUUCAUACUAAACUCGAAAUUGAAAAUUGUAUUCAGUUCUCUGAAAAAUAUUUUCGUAGAGACAAAGUCAAUGUUGAAGGUACUUUAAUGAAUUGUUUCAUUUUGUCUUGAACUGGGACAACAAAAUUUUUGCCUUUGAAAAUGAGCCUCGUGGUUUAAUAAUAGUUUCAUUCACACGAGCAGAACAAAAAUAAAUAAGAUAGGCGCAAAGGAUAAAAAACUGUCCGCGGGAAACUGAAAGACCUGCUUUUACUUAGGGUAUUUAAAAUUUAAAACUUGUUCUUUCAGUAGUGCUUCCUGGUAAAUGGAAGUUGACAAAAAUUGAUAGGCAGCUCUUUCAAAUAAAACAGUAGGUCACUUCCAAGUUCCAAAAUCCCUCACUUUCAACCUGAGACCAAGUACACAACCUUUCUUGUGAAAAUGAGUUUUAUUUGCAUGAGAAUGAAAAAUUAUUUCGAUAUCAAAGGCUGAGCACUUAACCUCGUUUUGAUACAGAGGCCUGGGGGACUCGGAAAUGGCCUAUUUAAAACGGCGCUUAGCUAAGCAGGUUUUAAACGUGUUUUAGCUUUGGUGUGAAUGGGGCAAUAGGGAAAUUGUUAGUAAGCAGCAAUAAUAGUGUGUAUUUAUAAAAAGAAAUCUCCUUGACAAGUUUUUGCUUGGAGAGAUCGGAUAUAUAAAAAAGAGAAAUUCGGCUAUCCCAUUAUAAAGGUGUAGUCUUAAAUUUAUCUGGUUUCUAAGCCUAGUAGUAGGCCAUGUUAAUAAUGUUCUUGUCGCGUACUAUCAUCUUCAGUAGCCGUAUGAUUUAUUUAAACAUACUAAUAUUUAUUAUGGAGAGCCUUUUGAGGCGAUAAAAUAAUGUCACUUAAAAAUUAACAAGCACUGCACAGCUUUGAAAAAGCCUCUUCUCCGACUAAUUUACGUUACGUUUGUAUGAAAAGUUCUAUAGUCUUCUGUAGCUUCUUAUAUCGUACGUGUGUACCCUUCUACUCCCGCAAGUGCUCAAGUCAACAUUUGAUGACAAUUUCACAUUUUGGUCUGUAAAAUACCCGAAAAAAAAACUAAUAAUGCGUUUUAAAGUACUACUGACGGGUUAGGCCAUUUUAAGUAUUCUAGUCUUUGACUGAAUGCAAGACUGAGGGUGAGCAGUGAAAGGGUAUACACUAAAUUAAUACACCAAAACGUUAAUGUAAGCCUGCGCCACUAUAAAAACAAGAAGGGAACUGGAGCCGACUUCCGCCCCACAGUAGUUUCUGGGAUAGUUGAUGGCGUAGCGCCGGUCAGCUAUUGGCCAAUUUUUUCCUGUCCCUUGUAAAAGUCCCAGACGUCUUUGCGAAACUUAACUCGGCCCAGUUUCCUUUUCGGUACUAGCCAAGUAUUGCGGCUGCACAACAGUUUUCUAGGAUUGCAAAUUAUUUUGUGGUCAGCAAGUUUUCUUUUCGUGGGAGAAAUAUUCUUGUGUUCAAAGGCAUUGUUCCUUGCAGUUGGGGAGUGUUCAGUUAUAAUUGUUCCCUGUCAUGGGAUAAGUUUUUAGAGUUGUUUUCAGUUGAUGACUAACAAUGAAUAUAUCAGGUGCCUCUACUUGGGUGUCCUGUGCACAAUUAGGUGUGGUCAUUUCUAUUUUAAAUUAUAAUAUUCCACGCCAAAUGAAUUCACGAAAGUAGUGCCCUGUUUAUAUUUGGGUGCACUUAUCAUAUACCUACUUCAGGUAGAAUUUUCUAAUUUAAAGGCAAUCAGUUAUUGAUCAGAGUUAUCGAGCUAUGUACCCUUUUUGUGGAUAAUUUUUCGUUGGUCCAUGGGAAUGGGAAAAGUAGAAGUGGAGUUGUUAUAACGUUUGUUUCAAUUUUAUUGAAGUUGUAACCUACAAUCUUGCCAAAUUUAGCAGCGUUCCAGUAUUUAGCUAGCCAUAGAAUUCACGUUUUUUGAAUUAGUCACACACUCACGGUUUUGUUGUGUGCGUGACCUUAUAGCGUGAUGUUAUUUUUUACAUUUUUCUCGAUUUAUUUAACUGAGAUUGCUUCAGGCUGAUCUUUUUCUAGGUAGCGCUGAUUAUUUCUGAACCAUUGUCACUAUAAAAGCUCAUUUAAAAAAAAUUGAAAGUUCCUGGCAAAAUUUGCGCUUCGUUUGCAAGUUAAUCAUAACUAUAACAAAAUUGUCAAAUCUGAUUGGCUCUCAACUGCCCUGAUUUCAGCCUUAAUUGGACAGUUUAAUAGGACAGUACGCGUCAUGCCUAAGUAAUUGGACAGUACGCGCCAUCACGCGCGCGCUUAAAUGGC